UGCUCUUUAAAAAAGAAAAAGAAGCGAACCUAGUACCUAGAACCUAGAACUUCGCCCUACACAAUAGGGAGUAUUAUUGUUUUUCUCACACCCAAUUCUCACUUGAAGGCCAGCGGAACAUCAUUGCCCGCAGCCACUUUAGGGAGAACGCCAUCCUAUUCUCCUGAGGUUUACUGGAGGUUGCGGUGAAUUAGUGCAUAGAUUCGAAGAUGGGCUUCUCUCGUGGUGUAAAAUGUCCCAUUGAGAUCAUGUAUAAGAGGUUAAAUGGCCACUUGCAAUUGGGACAGUAUUACUCCACCCUGACAAGCCGAGAAAAUUUAGCUAAUAAAAUUGGUGGAAUUACAAAGUUUUAUGCUUCAAGAUAUGCAAAUGGGAACCUUGAGCCUGGAUUUCCCUCUAGGAGGUACUCGACAGAGGUCUCUUCUUCAGACCAGAUGGGUUUGAUAAAGCUCCUUAGGGAACGAACUAGUGCACCCAUUAAAGAAGUCAAGGCUGCUCUUGUUGGCAGCAAUUGGGACAUUGAUGCGGCACAAAAAGAACUAAGGAAAAGAGGAAUGGUUUUGGCAUCAAAGAAGUCAUCUCGAACUGCUUCUGAAGGUUUGCUUGCUUUGGCACAGAAUGAAAGAAAGACUGCUCUAGUUGAACUUAACUGUGAAACAGAUUUUGUGGCAAGGAAUGAAAUUUUUCAGUACUUGGCUUUAUCUUUGGCAACAUCAGCACUGCUGGUUGAGGGUUCCCAACAGGCAUCCGGGGCACUUUCUUUUGGACCUGAAUAUCUUGAGGAUAUGAAGCUUAAUCUUGAUCACCCUAAAUUAAAUGGAGAGAGGACUGUUCAAAAUGCAAUAACUGAAAUCGCUGCAAUGAUGGGGGAAAAUGUGAAACUUAGAAGGGGCUUUGCAAUAGCCAAUCCCUCACAGGGCAUAAUGUCUACAUAUUUACAUACAAGCCCCCAACAAGGCGUUGGACGUAUUGCUGGGAUUUUAUCUCUUGAGGUUGAGGAUCCAAAUGCUCCCUUGGAUGCUGUUCAGCGCAUUGGAUCAGAACUAGCAAUGCAUGUAGUGGCAGCAAAGCCAUUGUUCUUGACUAGGGAAGAUGUUUCUUCAGAUGCACUAGCCAAUGAACGCGAGAUUCUCAAAUCCCAGGCAGAAAGUACAGGCAAACCUGCAAUGGCCAUUGAGAAAAUGGUUGAAGGUCGCCUGCGGAAAUACUAUGAAGAUGUAGUGUUGAUGGAGCAGAAAUUUGUUGUAAAUGACAAACUCGAUAUUAAGACAUUGUUGAGUAAUCUAGCCAAGGAAGUGGGGUCGCCCGUAAAGAUAGGGAACUUUCUAAGAGUGGAAGUCGGAGAAGGCCUUCAGAGUCUUGAAGAAUGUGAUGGUGCUGAACCUUCAGCUCAGGCAGCUUGAUUGGGGCAACAAUUUUCACGCUUUUUUCGAGGCUAAAGAAUGUUAUAUUACAGCGUGUUUCCAUUUGACGUUGAAACCCUAGUUCUGUUUUGUUUUUAUACUUUUUAUACAUAACUGAUUCUUCUGUGGUUAAUUUUAUUUCACUGAGGUGCCUGAAGACUGAAUUCGAAGGGCGAAUGCUUAGGUAUUUGAAGGGAAGCCUCCAUGAAUUUUGUUGUGAACAUCAAAGAACAAAUAAUGUAGGAGGUUCUCUAUGAAUAUUAAGUUUUGAAAUGCACCAGUUCCUGGCUUCCUGCAUUAGACAUAAAUAACUUGCUGCUAAUUUAUAUGCUACAUAAAAUUAUAAUUGUU